AUGCAUAAGCAGAAACGAUUGUGUGCGGAUAAAGAGAGGACGGCUGAGGUGACACAUCCAGAGAUAUGCACCAAGGGACAGAGGAGCAGGUGGAGGGGUACAGCUGAGAGGAAAAGGAGGGCCUUGCCGCUCUCUAAGGACCUCAAAACAGGGCGAGAGAGCCUAUGCACAUUCAGAAACAACACGGACCUCUGCAACUCAGAGGUUGAACCAGCCAAGCAGCCUUGGCAAGAGCCCUUGGAGAUGCGGUACGAAAAGGGAGUGUUACUGGGGCAGGGAGCGUUCGGGUCUGUCUAUGCAGGUAUCCGCAGGGCAGAUGGAUUGCCGGUGGCCCUUAAAUAUGUCACCAAAGACCAAGAGGAUGAAGAGAAGGAGCAACUCGCACAGGGGGGCUCUGUGCCCCAGGAGGUGGCGCUGCUGCAGCGGGUGACAGAGGCGCCAGCCAGCCCCCACAUCGCGGGGCUCAUUGAGUGGCGGGGCCGGCCCUCCUGCUACACUGUGGUGCUGGAGCGCCCCGAACCCUGCCAGGAUUUGGAUGCCUACUGCCGGGACCAGGGGGGUGUCCUGAGAGAGGCGCUGGCACGGCCUGUCCUGGCACAGCUGCUGCGGGCGCUCCUGCACUGCCAAGAGCGGGGUGUCCUGCACCGGGACGUGAAGCCAGACAACCUCCUCAUUCAGACCAGCACCCUCAAACUCAAGCUGAUUGAUUUUGGCUGUGGAGACCUGGUGAAGGACACUCCCUACAAGCGCUUUGCUGGUACACCACACUUCAGCCCUCCAGAAGUGUUUCUACAGAAAGAGUACCUGGCUGGCCCUUGCACUGUCUGGUCAGUGGGGGUGACCUUGUACAAGGUUGUUUGCGGACACCUGCCCUUUACCAACAUCUGGCAGACUGCUAAGGGCAAGGUGAACUUCACCAGAGCACUCUCACCUGAACUGCGCCACGUGAUUCGCCAGUGUCUGAAGCGCAGGGCAGAGGACCGCUCCACCUUGGAGCAGCUGCAGCGCCACCCCUGGCUCCACCCAGUCUCCUCAGUCCAUCCCAUCCUUUGA